CGGGUCCCUUCUCUAGCUCGGUGUUUCAACCGGUCGUUCAUUUCCGGUGGGGGUGCCGCGCCCAGUAAGGGCCCGGAAGUGGGUCGCGCGAGGAUUGCUGGGCUGUUCUUGCCGGAAGUGGAGAGCGGCUGAUCGGAGUCCUGAGGUGGUGUGGUACAUAUGGCUGACAUGCAAAAUCUGGUAGAAAGAUUGGAGAGGGUGGUGGGCCGCCUGGAGGCCGUAUCCCAUGCCUCUGACACACACUGUGGGUAUGGAGACAGUGCUCCAAAAGCAGGAGCUGCUCCAUAUGUGCAAGCAUUUGACUCACUGCUCGUCGGUCCUGUGGCAGAGUACCUGAAGAUCAGUAAAGAGAUUGGGGGAGAUGUGCAGAAGCAUGCAGAGAUGGUCCACGCAGGUCUGAAGUUGGAGCGAGCUCUCUUGGUUACAGCCUCUCAGUGCCAGCAGCCAGCAGGCAAUAAGCUUUCUGAUCUCUUGGCACCCAUCUCAGAGCAGAUCCAAGAAGUGAUAACCUUUCGGGAGAAGAACCGAGGCAGCAAGUUGUUCAAUCACCUGUCAGCUGUCAGCGAAAGUAUCCAGGCCUUGGGCUGGGUGGCUAUGGCUCCCAAGCCUGGUCCCUAUGUGAAAGAAAUGAAUGAUGCUGCCAUAUUUUAUACAAACCGAGUCCUCAAGGAGUACAAAGAUGUGGAUAAGAAGCAUGUGGACUGGGUCAAAGCUUACUUGAGUAUAUGGACAGAGCUACAGGCUUACAUUAAGGAGUUCCAUACCACUGGACUGGCCUGGAACAAAACGGGGCCUGUGGCAAAAGAACUGAGUGGAUUUCCAUCUGGACCCUCUGCUGGAUCGGGUCCUCCUCCCCCACCACCAGGCCCACCUCCCCCCGCAGUCCCCACCAGUUUAGGUUCAGAUGACUCUGCUUCACGCUCAGCACUCUUUGCGCAGAUUAACCAGGGGGAGAGCAUCACACAUGCCCUGAAACAUGUAUCUGAUGACAUGAAGACUCACAAGAACCCUGCCCUGAAGGCUCAGGGUGGCCCAGUACGAAGUGGCCCCAAACCAUUCUCUGCACCCAGACCAGUAGUCAGCCCAUCCCCCAAACCAGUCACGAAGAAGGAGCCUGCUCUACUUGAACUGGAGGGCAAGAAGUGGAGAGUGGAAAAUCAGGAGAAUGUUUCCAACCUGGUCAUUGAUGACACGAUGCUGAAACAGGUGGCUUACGUGUAUAAGUGUGUCAACACGACAUUACAAAUCAAGGGCAAAAUUAACUCCAUUACAGUAGAUAACUGCAAGAAACUCGGUCUGGUGUUUGACGAUGUGGUGGGCAUUGUUGAGAUAAUCAAUAGCGGGGACAUCAAAGUUCAGGUAAUGGGUAAAGUGCCAACCAUUUCCAUCAAUAAAACAGAUGGCUGCCACAUUUACCUGAGCAAAAACUCCCUGGAUUGCGAGAUAGUCAGUGCCAAAUCUUCUGAGAUGAAUGUCCUCAUUCCUACAGAAGGCGGUGACUUUAAUGAAUUCCCAGUCCCUGAGCAGUUUAAGACCCUAUGGAAUGGGCAGAAGUUAGUCACCACAGUGACAGAAAUUGCUGGAUAAGCGAAGUGCCACUGGAUUUUUUGCCCUUUCCCUCACACCGCGGGAUAAAUCUGUAUUAAGACGGUUCUUUUCUAGAUUUUUCCUCUACCUUUCUGCUCUUAACUGCUUCUCUGCUUUGAGAAGCAUAGCUACCUGCCUUCACUGAAAUAUACCUCAGGCUGAGAUUUGGGGUGGGAUAGCAGGUCAGUUGAUCUUCUGCAGGAAGGUGCAGCUUUUCCGUAGCAGCGCAACCAGACUGCUAGUCCAUUCUUAAGGAACUGAGACCAGGACUGGCAUUUUUUAGCUUUCAGCCUUUGGGGGUUAUUCGAUCAAGUCUUUUGGGAAGAGCAAAGUAGUCCCCCAGGAGUUAACAGAUCAGAAUGUUCACACAAGUUAAUCUUUUCUGACAGUGAGCAUGAAGGUAGCAGAAGCUAAGCUGGUGUGAUAACAGCUGGUUCUUCUAACCAAACUAAAUUUUCACUGUUGAUAAGUGAGGCAAGGGUUGCACUGGACCAAAGGCUGAAGCAUGGCCAUCUAGCAUUCCAAGAAAUCGUUCCCCAUAGGCGGUCCUCUCGUUUUGCAUUCCAUCGUGGGUCUGCCUGCACCCGAGGCAGCAGCUUUGGGAUCAGCCACUGUGGCAGUGCCCUGCCCCCAGGCCAGUUACAGGAGGCUGCUCUGGGCUCCUUGCCCAGCCCUUCCUACAGAGAUGACUUCAGGAAAAAACAUCAUUUCAAGGAAUCUGGAAAUGCUCUCCUUCCAUGCUAGGGGCCUGUCAUCCAUCUUCACUGCCUCCUUGGCCGUCAUGCACAACUGCUUUUGUCUUCUGUUCAGGCAUCUGAACAGAAGACUAAAAUCUCUACUGCAGGCUGGUUUUAGGUCUUACGUGAAAAUCUUGCACAGCAUUGCUAAUGUAAAUUUCAGUUUUUCCCUCUAGGACAAACACUUACCAAAUAUGCAACUUUUUUUGGUGGGAAGAGAGAUUGUCCUGUGAUUUCUACCCAUUUCCUGAGGCCUGUGGAAAAAACCUUUAUGUACUUAAAGUUAUACAGAAAAUAGAAUAAAAUUAAUACCAAACUUGGUUACUA